AUGGGUGAAGGAGCUCGAGUUUUAGUUACGGAGAGCAGCGAAGAGAACGUGACGAGAAGAAACGAUGACUCGGUAGUAGAUUUAUACCCGCUUAGCAGCUACUACUUCCGUUCUCGAGAUGCUGUUUGCGUCAAGGAUGAGAUGAUCUCUGAACGUGUUGACCUGUUCAAGCAUCCACAUGUUUUGCUUCUUCAGUAUAUAAACUCCAUCUUCAAGCUCCCUUGUGGUCGUUUGAGACCUGGUGAAUCAGGUCUUAAACGCAAACUCGCAUCAAAGCUUUCGGUUAACGAGAAUGUUCUUGUUCCGGGUUUGGAGGUAGGAGAAUGCAUUGGGAUGUGGUGGAGACCAAACUUUGAGACAUUGAUGUAUCCAUUCUUGCCUCCCAAUGUGAAACACCCAAAGGAAUGCACAAAGAUUUUUCUUGCGAGACUAGCGGUACAUCAACAGUUUGUCGUGCCUAAAAAUUUCAAACUCCUCGCUGUUCCCUUGUGCCAAAUCCAUGAGAAUGAAAAGACUUAUGGGCCGAUCAUAGCUUCUUUCAAAGUUCUCAUUCAACAUGAUGGAGAUAUGAUGAACAACCCUUGUGAUCCUUGCCUUCACUAG